UUAUGUUAAGAUGCACUCUGACGGGCCCAUUUUAUGUUAAGGGGGAACAAAUGGACACAUACUGUGGAAAGGGGCACUCUGAUGGGCACAUGUGAUGGAAAUGGGCACUCUGAUGGGAAAUAUGAUGUAAAGGGGCACUCUGAUAGGGAUUUGAGUGUAAGGGGGCACUCUGACGGGAAUACCUGAUGUAAGGUGGCAAUGUGAUGGGAUACCUGAUGUAAAGGGGCGCUCUGAUGGGGAUAACUGAUGUAAAGGAGCACUCUGAUGGAAACACAUGAUGUGAUGGGAAUACAUGAUGUAAAGUUGCACUCUGAUGGCGACACGUAAUGUAAGGGGGCACGCUGAUGGGUACACCCUAU